AUGGCCACCGCAACGGAUGAUGUCGAUGUCUUGAUUAUUGGCGCGGGGCCAGCAGGCUUAACCACGGCCAACUCCUUCAACGGGAGCCGUCUUCGCGUGCGAUUAAUCGAUAUCAAGGCGGCCCCGCUGCAGGUUGGACGUGCAGAUGGGCUGAAAAGCAUUUCUAUGGAGGUACUGGACUCCUUCGGAAUUGGUGAUACAAUUCUUAAAGAUGCACAACCAUGGCAGAUUGAGCGCGUUAUGGUGGAGAAUUUGUAUAAACAUGGGAGUGUCCGGGUUAGUUGGAAUGCACAGCCUGUUGCCUUGCAUACCGACCUCUCGAGCUUAGACGAUCCCGAGGCAUAUCCCAGCACGCUGACGGUACAAAACACAGAGACUGGGGUCCGGGAGACGAUACGCGCGAAAUAUGUGGUGGGAGGGGAUGGGGCGCACAGCUGGCUACGCAAGUAUCUCAAGAUUGGGUUUUCGGGAGACCUAACAGACUCAACAUGGGGCGUCAUGAAUCUCGUCCCGAAAACCAACUUUCCCGACAUCCGCAAGGUUUUCGUCGUGCAUUCGAAGGUCGGCACCGUCAUGGGCGUCCCCCGCGAAAACAAGCUUGUCCGGCUAUACAUCAGCAUGGACGGCGGCACCCGGCACACAUCCGUCAAGGCACAGAACAUCGCGCCUGAGAAAAUUCUCGAGGCCGCUCAAGCAAUCCUCUCACCAUACACUCUCGAGGCUGGUCAGAUCCCUUGGUCCUCCGCGUACAACGUCGGCCAGCGCGUCGCCGACGAGUUUGCACGAUACGGCCGUAUCUUUCUAGCCGGGGACGCAGUCCACACGCACUCGCCUAAGGCGGGACAGGGGAUGAACACUAGUAUCCAGGAUGGAUACAAUAUCGGAUGGAAGCUGCGCUAUGUACUAGAGCAGAAGGCUGAUCGCGGGCUUUUAUCCACGUACCAGUCCGAACGUAGGCCCGUCGCACAGGCACUCAUUGACUUCGACAAAGCGUACCUGGAGUCCUUUUCCCGGAAGGAUAUCACACAUGAUGAGUUUCUCGAUGCAUAUCUUGCCGGCCAGGCUUUCACAACAGGGAUUCACAUCCAGUAUCCGCCGUCGCUGCUUGUGCGGCCAGUGUCGGCAAGUUCUCAACCUCGCGCCGCAAACCUAGCACCGGGAAAACGCCUCCCAGACUUCCAGAUAGUUAAUCAAUCCGACGCCGUCCCAAUCCAGGCUUACCACCGUUUCACCAAUGACGGGCGCUUCCGGCUGCUCGUCUUCCCCGGCGAUCUCUCGCAGGGGGUAGCUUUCUCCCGGUAUAAUCAUCUGGGUAAAUGGCUUGCCUCGAGUCUCGCUCCCAGCUCCGGCCUAGAAAUCAUAACUAUCCAUGCCGCGAAGCGUGGGUAUGUGGAAUUGUUAGACCUACACCCAGUUUUCCGGCCCUGGAGUGACGAGGAAGGGUGGGAUUAUUGGUGUGUGUAUGCGGACGAUGAGAGCUACCAUAAAGGUCAUGGGCGGGUUUAUGAGCGGCUGGAGAUUAGCAAGGAGGAGGGGUUGUUGGUGUUGUUGAGGCCGGAUGGGUAUAUCAGUUUAAUUUGUGGGUUCGAGAAAGCAGGUGCUUUGGUGGACUUCUUCAAAGAGCUCAAGCCCAAAUCUAGGACUCGUUUGGGGACUACUGGAGGUGGAAGGCAGUCAAACUUGUAA